UAUGACCUGUGAAGCUGUUAUUUGUUUUGUUAAAACGCCGAUCAUAUUCAUAUAAUACUUCUCUCAAAUUUCAUAUGAGUAAUGUGAAUAUGUGAUGCGAUUAUAUACAUUAAAAUGGGUUUAACCCGCCUCACACGACUCAUUUUACUGAGUUGCUUUAAAAUUUUGAUGGUUAGUGCUGUCGAUAAAGAUGACCUGUGUAACGCAACCUAUUCGGAUCGCGUCGAAUAUGAAUUCAAAUCGGACAUAGUGAGCAGCGAACACAUUAUAACUUUCAAAGGAUAUUUUGCUAGAUCCACAAGAGAAAACUAUGUCAAUGCUGCAUUAAAAACUGCUGGGGUAUCGAAUUGGACGAUUGUACGACGAAACAACCCUGCGAAAGAGUAUCCUAGUGACUUUGACGUGAUAGCAUUUGGAGAGGGUAGUGUGGACGCAAUUACAGCCCUACGUGACCACCCCGCCGUACGUCGCGUAACUGCGCAACGCCAAGUCCAGCGCACAAUUAAAUACGUGCGCGAGGAUGAAUGUGGACCAGGCGGAUGCUUAUACUCCGGCUGGAGAAACCAUAAACAUCGGGCGCGGUCGCUGCAUUCCCUCAGGCAACCACGAGAGAAUAGUGGCUAUACAUCUAGGAAACUAUUGAGAACCGUCCCGCGGCAGAUAACAUCGGUGUUAAAAGCAGACCUGUUGUGGUCUCUGGGGGUCACAGGCGAAGGUAUCAAAGUGGCAGUAUUCGACACUGGGCUAGCGCGACAUCACCCGCACUUUGGUCGCGUGCGCGAACGUACUGACUGGACGGGCGAAAACACGCUAGAUGACGCGUUGGGCCACGGGACAUUCGUAGCCGGCGUCAUUGCGUCCCGAGCUGACUGCCUCGGCUUCGCACCGGAUUCGGACUUGCAUAUCUUCCGGGUCUUUACCGACAACCAAGUUUCUUAUACUUCGUGGUUUCUCGAUGCCUUCAAUUAUGCUAUAAUGCGGAAGAUUGAUGUUCUCAAUUUGAGUAUUGGAGGGCCCGAUUUUAUGGAUCAUCCAUUCGUCGACAAAGUUUGGGAACUCAGCGCUAACAAGGUGAUUAUGGUAUCGGCGAUAGGCAACGACGGACCCCUGUACGGUACUCUGAACAACCCGGCGGAUCAGAUGGACGUGAUAGGAGUAGGCGGGAUCGGUUUCGACGACCGAAUAGCUAAGUUCUCUUCCCGAGGCAUGACCACAUGGGAACUGCCGAAUGGUUAUGGGCGCGUGAAACCUGAUAUUGUAACGUACGGAAGCGGCGUUCGAGGUUCCAGCGUUACUGGAGGAUGCAGAUCUCUCAGUGGGACGUCAGUGGCAUCUCCCGUAGUGGCGGGCGCUAUCGCUCUGCUAGCAAGCGGAGUGCCGCGUCAAAACCUCACCCCCGCGUCAGUAAAACAGGCUCUGACCAUCACCGCCAGGCGGUUACCAGGCCCGAAUAUGUUCGAACAGGGCCACGGGAAGCUGGAUCUUAUCAGUGCAUAUCAGUUUCUCCGCGAAUAUGAGCCGCAAGCUAGCCUUAGCCCGCCCUAUAUAGACCUCACUGAAUGUCAGUACAUGUGGCCGUACUGCACCCAGCCGCUUUACUAUAGUGCCCAACCCACCAUCGCGAAUGUAACAGUUAUUAACGGACUUGGAGUGGCGGGUGAUGUGAAAAAAGUAAGCUGGCAUCCACACCUUCCACACGGGGUGUUAAUGUCUGUGUCGGCAGAUUACAGCCAGAUAUUAUGGCCGUGGUCUGGUUGGCUGGCGCUCAGCUUCACUGUCCUCGAGAGUGGCGUUAACUUUGACGGCGUCGUAGAGGGGCACGUGAACGUGACCAUCGAAAGCUUCGAUGAAUUGCACGACCGUGGAAUAAGAAACACUACUCUGAUGUUACCGAUAAGGGCGCGUAUUAUUCCGGUACCGGUCCGGGGAAGGCGUCUUCUCUGGGAUCAGUUCCACAGUCUGCGCUACCCCGGCGGUUACUUCCCUCGUGACGACCUCCGAGCAAAGCAUGAUCCGCUCGACUGGCACGCAGACCAUGUUCACACCAACUUCCGGGAUAUGUACCGGAGGCUGCGCGAGCACGGGUUUUAUCUCGAAGUUAUGGGAAGCCCCUUGACAUGUAUCGACACAUCACUUUACGGUGCACUUCUCUUAGUCGACCCAGAAGAUGAAUAUUUCCCCGAGGAAAUGGCAGCUUUUAAGAAAGCGAUCGACUCGGGAUUGUCGCUCAUCGUAUUCGCAGACUGGUACAAUGCGUCGUUGCUGCGUCACGUCAAAUUUUACGAUGAAAACACAAGACAGUGGUGGAUUCCGGAAACGGGUGGUGCCAAUGUGCCAGCACUGAACGAUCUACUAAGUAUGUACCAAGUAGCAUUAGGAGACAGAGUGUUCGAAGGGUCCUUCAAACUGGCUGGUCAUCCUAUGUACUACGCUAGCGGUACGCACAUUCACAGUUUUCCUGAACACGGUGUUUUGGUCACUGCUCAGUUAACAGAUCAAGGACAACAGAUAAUGUCCGGUGAAAAGGUGAACGAAAGCGCGGGCACGUCGUCAGGAAGUCGCCCUGUUGACGUGCCCAUACUAGGCCUUCUGCAAACAGAGGCCGAAACGCGUGACUACACUAACGACACGAAUGACAAACUGCCCAAGGCCGGUCGGUUGGUUGUGUACGGCGACUCGUCGUGCUUAGAGGGCGGGGCAGCUAGACCGUGCCACUGGCUGCUGUUGGCAGCGUUGCAGUACGCGAUCGUGGGCCACGUGCCAUCCACUCUGCGGGAGGCCGCCGCAACCAGUCGCCGCCGGGACGUACACAUCAUCCCUUCGGAUCUACCGAAACGCGCGGAAGGUGGCCGCUUGCAUGCAUACUCCAGGGUCCUCUCGCCGGACGGUAGCGGACCUCGGCCGGUUCCGGAGUGUGUGAAGCCUAUCGGCCUAGAACCGACGCCUGUCCACGCACCGCCGUCUUCGAGAACUUUGGCUCCGCGGCAUCAACCUACCGACCCGAAAAGCAUUGGGGCCCCUGAUGUCGAAGGCACGGAGGCAGCGCCGCGAGCUUGGCGAGGCGCCGGGGCGGCACCGUCCCGUUCACAUCCCGACGCCGAACCGGUCCCAUCCACGUUCGCCAGCAAACUCUUUAUGCUAUGCGCCAUCGUUCUAAUCGUCUAUUGCUUAGCGGCUUUCUGGAAGCGGUGCGGGCGCAAGAUUAGAAGACGAAGACUGAUUUCGUUAGCUACCUAGCAUAAGCCUAAAUCACCCAGGCGGGUGAAACGAGGUUAAACGGGUGUAUACCGUUCCGGAAUGUUCUAGGAACGGUAUAAGCGAUCGUACUUUGUCGAUUGCGCCGCGAACAAACGUUUUUUAAAAGAAGUUUUAUAGCAAGAAUGCGAUCUUUACACGCAUUUACACUAACAGUUAUUUCGCGGUGUAUUCGACAAUGCACCCGUUUUGCUUUGGAUAGAACGGACAAAAUUGAAAUGUGAGUGCAUUCCUGUCAAGGAAGAAAGUGUCCCACGAAGAACUUGAAGUUGCAGAACAUAAAAUAUGUGAAUUACAUGAAUGUUGGUAUUGACUUCUAAAAUAUCAAUCCGAGUGUUUAAUAACGUUGUAUUACGUAUUCUCAUAUUUGUGUCCGCUAUAAUCCGGCCGCUGAAGGAGUGUUUUCCUGACAUUUGUCAGUUAGUCAUAUAAAACAAUAAUAAACAGUUGACAUAACCUUGUAACAGCGCAAUAUGGAUUAAAAAUAUAUUAUUUUCUCAUCAGUUUAACGUUAAAUUUGGCGCAAAAAUAAAAAAAUAUAUAGAAUUUAAUUCAAUGAUACGGGUAAUAUAAAAAGUGAAAUAUUUUUAUCGUAAAGCAACUUUAUUCAAAAUUACAUCGUCUAUUAAAUCACGGCCUGUCAAGAAUACAUUCUUUGAACGCCCGAUGUGUAAUCGCAAUGUUAUACCAAAUGUAAGUUUUUCCGCUAAAAGACUGCUACUGUGGGACGUACAUGUAAUGUAUCUUUACAUUCCAGCGCGGCUAGCAUGGACAGGGAAUAUUUUCUCCGUGGGGAAAGGACAAAAAUAUGUACCAAUAGAAUUGUCCCCUCCCACAGUUUUAUCCACACUUCGAGCACAGUCGCACGACUGGAAAUAACGUUCUUUCCGUUACCGUAACAUAACGUCCGUAACGUUCUUAAGAGUAAAUUCGAUCCCCUGUCAGUGGAUAUAACCGGGGAUAAAAUUUUUGUCCCCUGCAUAUGGUAGCCGUUCAGCUGGGCUAGCACAACAUACAGGAUUAUGUGUUAAAUAAAAUUAUAUCGCUCAGUUUAUUGUGUACAUAACAUAAUGGUUGUUCGUGAAUUCUUAAGAGUAAAAUUUUAGAUUCUCCGUGUGUAAUUUUGCAGCGCACGACCUUCUUAAGAAAGCAGACCACACAAAUGUGUUUCGUCUGGUGGAAGCUUAGGCCGUGAAUAUUGUAGAGGAAUAAAACAAAAAGGUUAGCACUUGUUUUAAAGUAAGCGCUUUUAUUUUACGAAUAUGUCAGCCCUAUCGCACCUUACUCUCUUCUACAACUUAUGAAUUAACUACUUCUAUGAAAAUCACAUAACAUUUUGGCUUCUCCAGAAGUUGGGGAAGACGAGAUGGUAUAAAACGCACCUUUAUAUUAAAAGUAUGUCACAUCUCUCAUUUUUUUUCUUAAAUAUAGAAAUAUAACAAAACUCCUAAGAGGAUCGUAUUCCGGAUUGACGUUAGAUUCAAAACCCCACCACUGUAAAUGCAAAUCGAUGAUAUUAAUGUUUACAAGGCGGCACUGAAACAGUAUUAUAUUAUUGGAUAGAACCAGGCGUUACUUUUCGAAAAUCCAUGAUAUAUUAUCGAAAUUAAU